AUGUUCUUAUCUAAUUUCACUUUUCAUGUUAAGUCAAGUCAUAGAUCAGUGUUUUUAAUCACUCUAAAGCUUUCAAGGCAUAACAACCUGAAAUUUUUCACAUCCAGCUCGAUAAACAUGAAUCGUCCGAAAGUUUUGAUUACUCGAUCGGACAUUCCAACUGUAGGAUUAAAUUUACUUAAAGAACAGUGUGAUGUUAUUAUAUGGGAAAAACCUGAACCAAUCCCUAGAUCUGCAUUAUUAUCAAAAAUACAAAAUGUAGAUGGAGUUUAUUGCUUAUUGACAGACAAAAUAGAUGCAGAAGUUUUAGAUGCUGCUGGACCACAAUUAAAAGUUGUAGCUUCUAUGUCAGUUGGUGUUGACCAUUUAGAUUUACAAGCUUUAAAAAAGAGAAACAUUAAAGUUGGUUAUACCCCUGGUAUUCUAACAGAUGCAACAGCUGAAUUAACUGUAGCAUUAUUAUUAGCUACCUCCAGAAGACUGAUAGAAGCAAACAGAGCUAUUUACAAAGGUGAGUGGAAAGCAUGGUCACCUACUUGGAUGUGUGGUCCUGGAUUGUCUGGAUCUACUGUUGGAAUAGUAGGAUUAGGUCGUAUUGGUACUCAAGUUGCAAAAUGCCUCAAAGGCUUUAAUGUUAAUAAAAUAUUAUAUACAAGUAGAAAUGUUAAGCAAGAAGCAUCUGAAUUUGGAGGGGAAAAAGUAGAACUUGAUCUAUUGCUGCAAACGAGUGAUUUUGUAAUUGUUACAACAGCUUUAACCACAGAAACAAGACAAAUGUUUAACCAAAGUGCAUUUACAAAAAUGAAAAAGUCUGCUAUAUUUAUAAACGUUAGUAGAGGAGAAGUUGUUGAUCAACCUGCUCUACUAGAAGCUUUAAAAAAUGGAACAAUCCAAGCUGCUGGUUUAGAUGUUAUGACUCCUGAACCAAUUCCAUUAAACAGUGAAUUAUUAAAAUUAAAUAACUGUGUAAUAUUACCCCACAUUGGUAGUGCUGCUAUAGAAACGCGAGAGGAAAUGUCAAGAAUUACUGCUAAAAAUAUUAUUGCAGUCUUGAUAGGAAAACCAGCUGAAAUGCCAACUCCACUUCAACUAUAA